UCCUUCCAGUCACCAGCUUCAGGCUUGGCUUUGAAAAGAAGCUGGCGCCAGUGGUUUUGUAUGCUCUGCUGUGAGUGCUGCUUCAAGGAGCCGAGCAGAGAGCAUGGUAGAGCUGGAAAACCACGAUAUGAAUGCGGUGACCUAUGAUGAUGUGCAUGUCAACUUCACUUGGGAGGAGUGGGCAUUGCUGGAUCCUUCCCAGAAGAAUCUCUACAAAGAUGUGAUGCUAGAGACCUACAGGAACCUCACAAGUAUAGGAUACAGUUGGGAAGACCAUAAUAUUGAAGAACAUUGUCAAAGUUCUAGGAGACGUAAAAGGCAUGAAAGAAGUCAAAUUGGAAAGAAAACUUCAGUAAAUACUCAAUGGGUUAAAGCCUUUGCAUAUUCCAGUACUCUUCAAAUGCACGAAAGAGCAUAUACAAGAGAGAAACCCUAUGAAUGUAAUCAACAUGGUAAAGCCUUUGCAUAUCACAGAAGUCUUCAAAUACAUAGAAGAACACACACUGAAGAGAAACCCUAUGAAUGUAAUCAGUGUGGUAAAGCCUUUGCAUGUCACAAUUAUCUUCAAAAGCAUAAAAGAACACAUACGGGAGAGAAACCCUAUGAAUGUGAUCAAUGUGGUAAAGGCUUUGGAUGUGACAGUCAUCUUCAAAGGCAUAAAAUAACACACACUGGAGAGAAACCUUAUGAAUGUAAUCAGUGUGGUAAAACCUUUGCAUGGCACAGUUAUCUUCAAAAGCAUAAAAGAACACAUACUGGAGAGAAACCCUAUGAAUGUAAUCAGUGUGGUAAAGGCUUUGGAUGUGACAGUCACCUUCAAAGGCAUAAAAUAACACAUACCGGAAAGAAACCCUAUGAAUGUAAUCAGUGUGGUAAAGCCUUUGCAUGGCAUGGCAAUCUUCAAAUACAUAAAAGAACACAUACAGGAGAGAAACCCUAUGAAUGUAAUCAGUGUGGUAAAGCCUUUGCACAUCACAAAAGUCUUCAAAUGCAUAAAAGAACACAUACUGGAGAGAAACCCUAUGAAUGCAGUCAAUGUGGUAAAGACUUUGCACAACAAGGUCAUCUUCUAAUACACAAUAAAACUCAUACUGGAGAGAAAGCCUAUGAAUGCAAUCAAUGUGGUAAAGCCUUUACAUGGCACAGUAAGCUUAUAAAGCAUAAAAGAACACAUACUGGAGAGAAACCCUAUGAAUGUAAUCAGUGCGGUAAAGCCUUUGCAUGGCACAGUUAUCUUCAAAAGCAUAAAAGAACACAUACAGGAGAGAAACCCUAUGAAUGUGAUCAGUGUGGUAAAGCCUUUGCGUGUCCCAAAGGUUUUCGGAGGCAUAAAAGAACACAUACUGGAGAGAAACCCUAUGAAUGUAAUCAGUGUGGUAAAGCCUUUGCAUGGCAUAGUUAUCUUCAAAAUCAUGUGAAAAAAUCAUGUUGCAGAGAAACCCCAUAAAUAUAGUCAGUGUGGUAAAGUUUUGCAUUUUGUACAAGAGCAUAACUUUUUGUGUGCAAUCAAUCUGUUAAAGCCUGUCCAUAUUACAGUAGUCUUUGACUAUCUGAAACAGAUACUAAGGGUUUCUUAUUAUACAUUAUUUUGUAAAAUCUUUAGCCAACACACUUACAAUCAGUUACACAAAAGUAUGUAUUCUGUAAAAAAAAUAUUUGACAGUGUCAACAAUCUGUUCAAGCAUUAUGAUGUCCAUUUUUAUAUUGUUUGCACCAGAAAACACAUGGAAAAAAUGAUUUCAUGAAUUUAUGAAGCCCUGUGUGUAGGAUGAAAAUGGACAGCCAAAGAAACAUACCCUGACCAUGAAACCAGAGAGAUUGAAAGACACACCCUUUGCCCUUGAAAUCAGAGCCAAAAAGCAUACCCUGAUUCUGAAACCAGAGUCAAACACACUUUGUCCCUGAAUCCAGAGCUAGUGAAAUAAACACACUGAACCUGAAAAAAAGAUCCCAAAGUUUAAAAGCUGCCAGUGACAGCAGCACACGUUGGCUCUGAAAUCAUAGCCAAAGAAACACAUUCUACCCUUGACCAAAUAAGUACAAAACCAACCAGUCCCUGAGCUUGAAACCAGCCAGUCCCUUAGCAUGAAAUCCAGCCAAUCUUUGAGCUUGUUCAAGCACUGUCCCUGUUCAGUUGGUAACUGCAGAGACAGCCACCCCUGGAUUCUUCCCUCCCAAAUAAAUCUCUUGAAUGAGUUUUGGGUGAAGACUUUUCAAUGAAGCAGAUCAGAAACUCACUAUUGGAUUGGAGCAGAGAAGCAGCAGACACUUCUGUUGGCAAACUCCUUUAAAGGAGCAGAGCUGAAGUAAUAAUUUUUCACUGGGGACUGCUACAUUUCUGCAGCAGUUUUCUCCUUACUUGAGUGAAGCAGAGAAGUAAUAAUUAGAGUUGGAGCUGAGAUGAAAUUGACAACUCUGCUGAGAAACUCCCUUAUAGGAGUGGAGAAGAGCAGCAAUAGAUAUUUCUGCUAGGAAACUCUCUUAGCAGAGUGGAGCAGAGCAUAGACGUAAUGCCUCCCUUUUGGAGAGGAGUGGGAUUACUAUAUCCUGUGGGGAGACCAUUCCCCACUAGAACACAGCUUCAGGUAUAUCCUCACUUCCCAACAGUCAAGGUACCUUUCUCCUCACAGCUGUUGGUAUCCAGGAUAUCUUCCCUUCAUGGCAGAAGGUAUAGCCUGACUUCCAACCAUCAGGGUACCAUUCUCUUCAGAGCUGUAGGUAUCCAGCAUACCCUCCUUUCAUAGCUGUAGGUAUAGCCUGAUUCCGACAGUCAGGGUACCUUUCCCUCCAGAGCUUUAACACUUGCACUAUGAAUUUAAAUGAUAAUGUAACCCUUUUAGGUUUUAUAUUUCUCUUCAAUUACACAAAAUAACUAAUUCAGGUGUAAAACUUUAUGGAUUUGUAUUAGUUCCUUUUCCAUUGUUGGGAUAUAAUGUCUAAGUCAAUUUAUAAAUGAAUUUAAUUUGGCCCUUGUUUCCAGAGGGAUACAAGGUCACCAUGAAAGUGACAUGGCAACAAGUGUCAGACAUGACAGCUAAAGCAGGAUGCUAAGGAGUCACAUCCUUAACCUGUAGCAUGAAGCAGAGAGUGGGAACUCGAAAUGGUCUGUAGAUGUAAAUUCUCUAAGCCUACCCCCAGUGACAUAUUUCCUCCAGCAGGGCAGCAUCUCCUAAAUAUUCCCAAACAAAACCACCAACUUAGAAGGAUUGAUUUCUCAGACUUCAUGACUAAGUGCUUUUUUUUAAGCCAUUAAAUGUCUCAAUACCUGUGUUACAGAAAUGAAUGCUUACAAGAGAAAAUCUUUCAUGAAUAAAAGACUGUUUAAAGAAUUUUUCUAGGGGGCUGGAGAGAUGGCUCAGAGGUUAAGAGCACUGGCUGCUCUUCCAGAGGUCCUGAGUUCAAUUCCCAGCAACCACAUGGUGCCUCACAACCAUCUGUAAUGAGAUCUGGUGCCCUCUUCUGGCCUGCAGACAGAACACUGUAUACCUAAUAAAUAAAUAAAUCUUUAAAAAAAAAAAGAAAUUUUCUAAUUCUAAUUAUAUGAUAUCAGUGUGUGUUUGUGUGGUUAUGUGAAUAUGCAUGCUCGAUCCUGUGCACAUUAGACCCUUGGAUCUUCUUGUAGCAGGAAUUACAGAAAGUUGUCAAAAAUUGAACCUAGGUCCUGGGAGUGAACAUUUCCUAACUGCCAAGCCAUGUCUCUAGUGCUGUAAAUAUUGUAAAGCCUAUUUGUAUUAUUUUGAAAUCAGGAAAUAGGGACAAACUCAUACAACAGAAAAACCCUGUUCACAUAAACGAUUUAGUAAAGACUUUAGACAUCACAAUUGUUUUCAGCUACAAGGGAAAAAUCAUGUUUCAUUUAUUUUUCAUCAUAGCCUUGAAGGAAGUAAAUUACCAUGUUCACUCAAGACUGAUGGUGGAGAUCACUGCAUUGUUGCUUCUAUUUUGAAAGAUUUGAUGUAGAUACUAAAGUGUGCUAUGUGUGUGGCAGAUCCAUUUAGUGAAGUUUAUUUUGUGGUCAUUAUAUUCCUUUUAUGGCUUUUGUUCACCUUCUAUUGUGCUUUUGCUUAGUGAUAGGUAUUUUUCUGCUGUAAUGUAUAGAAUGGUAUCCCCAUCAUCUAAGUCAUCCAUUGUUUUCUUAAAUAUCAGGCAGCAUGUGAUCAUACUUUUCAAGUAAGGGUAUCUGUGAAAUGGCUGUUGUUCCUGGUUUUGUUUUUCAUAUUUUCACAAAUUCCCUUGAGGUUUUGUUGUUUGUUAUUCAGCUUGGCUUGGAUGUCAGUAAUGAUUCAGGAAUACAUUUGAACUCAUGAUACUCAUAUGUCUGCCUCCUGAGAACAAGUCCAAGGGUUGAUGAUGUAUUACCAACAUGUGCUGUUUUGUCAACACAAUUUAACAAUGCUAAUGUUAAAAUGCUUAAUAUAAGAGAAUAUGAGAACCAUUAAAUACCUCAUAUGUAUAUUGAAACCAGUAUUUUCAUUUAUCUGGUAAAUAUGUAAUAAAGUAGGAUAAUCUGCAA